UGUGUUCACUUCCUGGUCAGCUGACGGAGAGAAGACAACCGGACCGCUAGCAUCCAUAAUGACAAUCCUGUCUCAUCGUCCGGACAACAUCUGAAAUGAAAGUGACAAAACCGUGAAGCCACCUCGAACCCUGAAGAGCCCUGGAUUAAUACCCGAGCCUCUGUUUGUUUGUGUUCGCCAGCAACGAGCUUCGGAUCUUGAAGGAAACAGCAGAUAGAGCCCUGUCCUCUGCUUCUCUGUUUACUGGAAAGUUCUCCUCUCCUCUCCUGGCCACUGAAAGGCCUUUUUCCAAACGCAGUGCCAGAUAAGGACGCUGCUGAGAAAGCCACAGUGUCCGACCGAACUGGAUUCAAUGAGGGAGCCAGAUCGGGAGGAGCAGCCAGACGACAACAUGCCCCCCAAGUUUAAACGACACCUCAAUGACGAUGAGGUCACGGGAUCCAUUCGCAGCGAGAGGAGGAACCUGCUGGAGGAGGACUCUGACGAGGAGGAAGACUUCUUUCUGAGAGGGCCCACAGGACCCAGAUUUGGACCUCAGAAUGACAAAAUGAAGCAGGUGCAGUCGCAGGUUGAUGAAGUGAUUGAUGUGAUGCAGGAGAACAUCUCCAAGGUGAUAGAGAGGGGCGAGCGUCUCGACGACCUGCAGGACAAGUCGGAGAGCCUAUCGGACAACGCGUCUGCCUUCAGUAGUCGAGCCAAACAGCUGCACAGGAGGAUGUGGUGGAGAGACAUGAAGAUGAAGGUGAUCAUUGCCUUGGUAGUUGUUGCCCUCCUGCUCAUUAUCAUCAUUCCAGUGAUCCUGCGAUAUCGCUAGUGUCUGAUGAGGAGGAUGGGGGAGAACCCUCCUCUUCCUCUUCUUCCUCUCCCUCUCCUCUGCACACAGUCCCCCACUCCCGCUAGGGGGCGCCAGCCAGCCUCCCACACCCCCCUCAGUGUCAGCCUGUGUACCUUCAAGGAUCUGGCCUCACCUUGCCAUUAGUACGGAUCUUAUCAUCGGUAUUUCCACGUAACUCUGCUGUGAGAUUGGUACUAAGACUCGGGUUGAUCCCUUGGUUAGAUACUCGGCUACAGAAAGGGGGACACAGGGGAGUUGGGGAGAUAUUUUAACACAGUUUGGGAGAAAACACUAACUCUCAGCCCUCUAGUCAAUGUGAAGGAGUGCUCCAUUCCAUGAUACAUAUCACAUGUAGUGCCCUGUCUUUGCCUUGACAACAGGGAAACUCCAGGUCCUGCAUAUUACAUAACAUAGAUAGAUACUGUAAAGGCAGGGAAUCCAUGCCAACAAGCUGGUCUGAAUGUGCUGCAGCAGCCUCUUAUAAUAGGGCUCUAACAUUUAGCGAAUGAACCUCAGAUGUCUACCCAUGAUUCCUUGUGUGCUGUCUUCUCACCGCCUGGCGAUGAGAAUGUUUAUGGGGAACAUUUUCAUUUCACUGUUCAACACGAGGCGAGGGAACAUCUGAGGUUCAUCUGUGUAGUCAAAGGUGGCUUCUCUUAAUCAUCAAAAAGGCUUUCUGUUAGAAAAGAUGAUUUCACUCAUCAGGUAUGUUUCCUCAUCAGUGCAGAUGAUUGAAAAAUGGACUAGAAAAGAACGCCAUCUGGUCAGACAAAAUCCUGCUUGAUAAUGUGAUUCUAAUCCUUAAAUUACCGCUAUUCCAUUUCCGUCUGCCUCUUGAUCGCUUGUUAUACUGUACAGCAGGACCACAUCAAACCAAAACAUCCAGGUUAUGAAUGUCUCCUUGCCACUCUAAACCUCUCACCUUCCUUUUGGGUUGUGCUGAGCUCUGGGCUGGUUUGGUCAUGGUUAUCCCACUUUCAUGCUAGUGACAUUAAACUGUCUCCACAGAUGGUUUGGUUUGAUUUUAAUACAGUUUUCUGUAUUUCUUUUCAAUGUUUUUAAGUUCUUGUUUUUGCUGGUCGCUCAAUGUGAUGCUUGUAUGAAUGCUGGUAUUUCCACUGAAGGGACAGUUUAUCGCUGUAGUGUUACAUUAUGUUUAAGGAGGGGUAAUUUAAGUGAGCUGUGAAACAAACGUAGGUGUCAUUGUGUGUGGAUUAAUUAACUGUAUAAUACAUACACAUUUUCAUUGUCAUUUUAUUAUUUUUAAUGUAAUUUAUUUUAGCUGUAAAUAUUGAUUCUAUAAUGAUGUAUAAUACUCCGGCAUUGCAUUGGAAGACUGUGAUAUAUUGAUCUGUUUUGCUUUAAAAUGAUAAAUAAAGUGAUUCAAAAGGG